CUAAAGCUGCAGACAGAAACAUCAGACUCAGGACAGAAACACACGACCUCUAAAAAAUGGACCAAACUCUAUUUUUCUUUCUUCUUCUCACUGCUCUCUGCUCCGUAUCUGAUUGUGUUCAGCGUCAGUAUCACUUUAUAAAUGAGAUGAAGACCUGGACUGAAGCUCAGAGAUACUGCAGAGAGAAUUACACAGAUCUGGCCACCGUUGACAACAUGAACGACAUGAACGAGCUGAACAAGUGUAUGAAUGUUGGAAGUCUUUUGUAUGUCUGGAUUGGGCUGCAGAAGACGGGUCAUGAUAAAUGGCAGUGGUCUUCAGGUGAACCUGCGCUCUAUCUGAACUGGGCUACUGGACAACCAGAUGGUGGAGAUGAUUGUGGUAUGAUGUUAAAUGGACAAUGGCAUGAUUUGACAUGUAGUGAAAACCGACAUUUCAUCUGCAACAACACAAACACAGGACUCGUCUUUGUCAGUCAGACGAUGAAUUGGAGAGACGCUCAGAGUUACUGCAGACAGAAUCACAUUGAUCUGGUCAGUGUGAGAAACCAGAAUGAGAAUCAGCAGCUUGAGAAGAUCAUUAGUGAUAGAAGUUUAUCUGGAUCAUAUGUCUGGAUCG